CUCCGCCCCAAAUCCUUCACCUCCCCCCUUGCCUCCAACCGACCGCACACUUACAUCUCCUUACACACAUGCGCGCUCACGCUCGAGAGUACGGCACCGUUUCUUCCACAAACAUACGUACUAUUUUAUUCCAGCUCCCUUCCUUGGUGGCUUGCGUCAGAGGGAGAGAAACUGGGGCGGGACUCACUAAUAACCCGAGCUUACCUUGUCGUACCUACAUGAAGACUCGCUUCUCAGUGUAAGUUGACGUUUGUUGGUACUUUUCCAGCGCCGUCGCCUUCACCACUUUUCGAUUUCUGUAAUAGCCAACGCCUGGCUCGUGGCUUUUCCCCCGAGUCAACAAGCUGCGGCCGGAAUCCGUACGGCGGCUUCCACCCCGCCAGGAGGAAACCAAAUAACGGGAACGCCCUUGAAAUCAUGCCAAGUGAGCCCGAAUCUUAUGUCGAUGUCAACCGCCCAGUUGGAAGACUCCAUUGAAGGGCGUAGCGUACUAAACCCGAGAAGGGCAUAGAGGAAGAACAAGAAGCAAGAAAGGACAGGCGGAUGAGUCUGCCUUUCCCCCUUACAUCUAGCGUGUCGAUUCUCCCUCCAUCAAUGCAGCAGCAGCACUGGCUUGCUGUAUGUACCUUGCCCCCCCCCCCCCCCCUUCUCCCGUCUUCCUGCACGCACCCUUCCAUCACCUGUUGGACGAAACUUUAAGACGAUUGUCCAACGCCCCCUCAUCCCAGACGUUGCGAGACAUGAGGUAGCUCGGACACCAGUCCCGUCGACUUCUCUCUCUCUCUCUUUUUCUCUCUCUCGCCCUGUUCUAGCUUUACUGGGGUUCGUCUUGGUAUAUAGUUCUCCUUCUCCCCUUGACACCCCCGUCACUCUGGACCCCUUCUCAUGUCAGAAGAUCGUGACCGCAAAUCCUCAUCGACCAAGCGAUCCCUCGGUCCUGGGAAAUCAUGGCUCCAACUGUAGAAGUGAUUCCACGGGCAGACCCCGCUGGUCUGCACGCGACGGAGCCCUUGGGGGGCACGAUUAUGAGCGUCAUCAUCUGUCUCCUUUCCAUCAGCAUCAUCUCCGCCUUCUUGGCCCAGAGGAGUGCGGCGCUGAAGAACUGGAGGAGGAUACCAUUCGUGGUGUGGCUCGUGCUCGCCGUCUAUGUCGACUCGUAUCUCUUCGUCUUCGUAACGGCGAUACUCCAGUUCGCCCUCGGCGUCAACACCAACAUCCAGAUCUGCGAUGGCGCCAUUCUCCUAUGCCUGGUCUGCUACAUCACGACAAAAGUGUUGAUCUACCUGUUUCUGGUCGAGAAGGCGCACAUCAUCCGAGGAGCGACGAAAUCGCGGCUCAAGUCGAAGCUCUACAUCUUCAACUCGUUUGGCAUGUUGGGUGUCUACACCGUCAUAGCCAUCUUCAACUUUAUCUUCCGCAUCACACGUAUCGACGACGGACAAUGCUACAUCGGAAUGCAGAAGGUGUCAAUGAUUCCUCUCAUCUCUUUUGAUGCUGUCGUCAACAUCUAUCUUACCAUUUUGUUUCUCAUCCCCCUCAAGAGUCUUUACUCAUUCAAACACUUCCCCAAAACCCCUGCAAACAUUCGACUUAGGACAGUCGCGCUCCGUACCUUUAUUGGUGCCCUGUGUACUCUCACCAGCAGCAUUGUUAACCUGACCGUACUGAUGGUCCUCAACGGCGAACCCGGCUGGGUUUGCCUCAUGUGCUGUAAUAGCGAUAUCCUCUUCUCGGCCAUAGUCGUCCAAUGGGUGACUAACAAGGACAAUGUUGCGACCCAGGGCUCGUCGGGGGCCGGUUCCCGCAACGAGCUAUUCACCGAGGACUUCCGUCGCCCGGAUGGGAAUCCUCCGUAUUCACCACACCUCGCGUCGAGCCAAAAGCACGUUAUGGACGAUAUGGGCGAGAUCUCCCUAAGCAACUCGACACCCUCCGAUUUUCCCAACAGCGACAAGACCUCAUCCGAAGCAGAAGGUGCGCGGCGAACGUCUUCGACCGGCUCGGUGGCGGGGAGCGGCGUUGUGGUCACGACAACGAUUAAACGAGAAUCGAAGCCUACACCAGCCAUUUUCGAAGAGAUGAUCAUCGAGGACGGCUACGCAGAUUCGGACGGAUCCCGGCGGAUGAGCGAGCGCCAGACCGACUUUGACCGUUACGUCAGGGGCUCGCGGACGAAAAUAACGGCCGGCGAUCGGAAUUGAGGUUCCAAGAAAGGAAAUCUCGAUAGGUAACGGCAUCAUAUCUCAGAGAGUCGGCACUCUCUCCUGGCGCAAAACGGAGUAGGGGAAGGACAACAUCACAUACAAUCGUGGCGCAAUAACGGUCUGCUUUUUCAGGGGGGACGGGCAGGGAUUUCGGACUGCCCUUACGGGGGUUCUAGGACGAAAAGGAACUGGCAUAUUUUCUUCUUCUCUUUUUCACUGUGAUAUCACACACCACGAUGGACUCCAUCGGGAAGGCAAGCUUGGAGAGUUGGAGUUUUCUCAUCAUUACUAUUAUUGUCACCAUCCAUACACAUGGGUCAAGGUAAAAACGACGGAUCUACACACACAUUUGACGGACUGGCUUUGGCGGCUUAGAACCACGGGAAAUCCUCUUGACGGGGGACAUCAUCAACGGGACCUCUUACAUCAACGGGGGAAACUUUCACGAGUAGUAUUUCUGCACAGAGACAGCAGCAGGCUUGUUCGGGAGGAUGGUAUAUCCGAAAUGUCAAUCUCGGC